GAGCUUCGGAGUUCAUGGAGUACGGCGAACGAAGGCCCUCUUCUCCCAAAUAGAACUCUUCUCUUCUUUGCCUACUCCUCCUCUUCCCUCUUCCCUCUUCCCUCCAUUCCUGUCCUCGACUUUUACAUCCCCUUUUCACCAUGAAAUUAAUCAUAGUCUCACGGUCGCCGAAGUCGCAAAAGUUCCCUAUUACUUUGGACCUAGCCGGCACACCAGCAGACGUCAAGGUCGAAACAGUGCAGGCAGCAAUCGCUAAAACGUUUCCAAAGCUCUACCCUGAUCGCCAGCGUCUGACUAUUGAGAAGACUGUACUCGAGACCGGGAAGACCCUAGCUGGCUAUGGCAUCAAAGAUGGCGAUUCGGUUGCGAUCAAGGAUCUUGGUCCCCAAAUUAGCUGGCGCACUGUCUUUUUGAUCGAGUAUGGCGGCCCCUUGGUGAUCCAUCCUCUGGUGUUCUACCUCCCGUCCUUGAUUUACGGACAAACAUUCAAACAUUCAUGGAUGCAAACAGUGACCUUCUGGAUGGUGAUGCUGCACUUUGCGAAGCGCGAGUAUGAAACCGUGUUUGUCCACCGCUUCUCACAUGGAACUAUGCCCUUCCGUAACGUCUUCAAGAACAGCGCUCACUACCACCUGUUAUCUGGACUUAACCUCGCAUACUGGGUCUAUGGUCCCUGGAACGCCGCUGGUGCGAAGCUGGCAGAGAGAAGCGACGUCCUUGUGUAUGGCUGCAUUGCUCUCUACGUCUUUGCAGAGCUAUCCAACUAUCACACACAUGUUACCCUCCGUAAUCUCCGCCCUCCAGGCACCCGUGUGCGGAAGAUCCCUCGUGGAUACGGCUUUGAUCUGGUGUCAUGCCCCAACUACUUUUUCGAAACGCUGUCAUGGUUGGCGGUGAGUGUUUUGACAAUGUCUUGGUCAGCGCAUUUGUUCUUUGUUGUCGCUGUCGGACAGAUGUACAUCUGGGCAGUCAAGAAGCACAAGGGCUACCGCAAGGAGUUUUCAGACUACCCUCGCGGUCGUAAGGCUAUGUUCCCCCUGAUCGCGUAAAAAUAGAGAUCCGCAUAAAGAUCAUGCCCGUCUCCUACUGCUUCAUUCCGUCCCCCAAUUGCUUCUUGUUGAAUUGAUGUGUGGGGUAUGUCUAAGAGGUAUGCGUUCCAUUCUGAUCUUGCUCCGUCAAAGGAAACACUG